AUGCCACAAAUCGGCUGGUAUGGACUCGGGUCUAUGGGCCUAGCAAUGGCCUCCAACCUGCAGCGGCACCUAGCCACAAAGAAGGCAUUGAGCCUGGUCUACUCAAACCGCACGAUGUCGCGCGGAUCGCCCCUGCAAGCACUGGGAGCAGUCCCAGAGCCCAAUUUCGAGAAGCUGGUCUCUAAAUGUGGGAUUAUUUUCACCAUGGUCUCGAAUGACUCAGUGCUCGAAAGCCUGCUGUCCACCGCCAUGGGUUCAAGCCAGUCCCUGAAGGACAAGAUCUUCGUUGAUUGCUCAACAGUGCACCCCGAGUCCGUGAAGUCUGCUAUAUCGCAACUGAAAAGCAAGGAUGCAUCGUACGUAGCAGCGCCGGUCUUCGGCGGGAACCCAAUUGCCGUGGAUGGCAAGCUUGUUUUCGCUAUCGGGGGGCCUAAGAGUGCGACUGAGGCUGUUAGACCUCUGAUCCAGGAUGUGAUGGGUCGACGUGUGAUUGAUUGCGGUGAGGAUGCUACAAAGUCCUCGCUUCUGAAAAUUGCUGGUAACAUUGUGACCGUUAAUAUGAUGGAGGCUGUUGGUGAGGCCCAGGUCUUUGCCGAGAAGACCGGGCUUGGAACUGGUGCCAUGGAGGAGCUUAUUGGAGAGGCUUUUGGUCCCGUUGCCGGAGGAUAUUCUAAGAGAUUGACUACGGGGGCUUAUGCGCCACCCAUAGACUCCCGCCCUGGCUUUGGGGUUUCUCUUGCUAUUAAGGAUGCUAGACAUGCUAUGUCGAUGGCCCAGGAACAGGGGGUUGAGCUUCCUGGCCUUGAGGUCGCGCGGGCUAAUAUGGAGGCCGCGAGAAAAUAUGGUGGAGAGUGUCUAGACAGCAGUGCAAUGUACGGGACGCUGCGCCAGAAGGCUGGUCUGGAGUUUUGGAAUGAGAAGAGUAGGAGAGAGUAA